UGAGGCGCUCUGGGGAGUCUCAAAGUUUGUGUCUGGAACGGUAGUGGAAAGUGGGCUUAACGAGAAGGCAUUUUCUUGGGAUGAGAGCUGUUCUCCUAUCUUCUUUUUGGAUGCAUACCCUCCUUUAACCCCGUCAGCCUUCGCCCGAUUCCUCGACAGCCUGUCUCCCCCGGGGAUUUUCGGAUCUCCGAGGACACCGGACGGGGAGCCCUUGGCAGUCCUCUCUCAGGCAGGGGAGCGAACGUUUUCCUUCCUAAGUGCAUAAGCUACACGCACACACGCGCACACACACGCGCGGAGCCGGAUCUCGCCCUCCGAGGCGGUUCUGCACGCUCCCCUUCUGCGCUCAGCAUCCUAGGCCCAUCGCGCCUCGGACCACCAUGGAGGUGCCCGAGAGCGGGGAGCAGAGCGUCCUGCAGUGGGACCGCAAGCUGAGCGAGCUGUCAGAGCCCGGGGACACCGAGGCUCUCAUGUAUCACACGCACUUCUCAGAACUUCUUGAUGAGUUUUCCCAGAACGUCUUGGGUCAGCUCCUGAAUGACCCUUUCCUCUCAGAGAAGAGCGUGUCCAUGGAGGUGGAGCCGUCCCCCACGUCCCCGGCGCCUCUCAUCCAGGCCGAGCACAGCUACUCUCUGUGUGAGGAGCCUCGGGUGCAGUCGCCUUUCACGCACGUUACCACCAGCGACAGCUUCAAUGACGAUGAGGCGGAAAGCGAGAAGUGGUACCUGUCCGCAGACUUCCCUUCGGCCACCAUCAAGACUGAGCCGAUCACGGAGGAGUCAGCCCCCGGCCUCGUUCCCUCCGUCACCCUGACCAUCACGGCCAUCUCCACGCCUUUUGAAAAGGAGGAAACACCUCUGGAAAUGAACACCGGGGUCGAUUCCUCAUGCCAGACAAUCAUCCCUAAGAUUAAGCUGGAGCCUCAUGAAGUGGAUCAAUUCCUCAACUUCUCCCCUAAAGAAGCCUCCGUGGACCACCUGCACCUGCCGCCCACCCCUCCCAGCAGCCACAGCAGUGACUCAGAGGGCAGCCUGAGCCCCAACCCGCGCCUGCACCCCUCCGGCCUGCCUCAGACCCACAGCCCUGCCAGGGCCGUGCCGCGGGCCCCCUCCACGCUCUCCAGCUCCCCGCUUCUCACCGCGCCUCACAAACUGCAGGGCUCUGGCCCGCUGGUGCUCACAGAGGAGGAGAAGAGGACCCUGAUCGCCGAGGGCUAUCCCAUCCCCACCAAAUUGCCCCUAACGAAGUCAGAGGAGAAGGCGCUGAAGAAAAUCCGGAGGAAAAUCAAGAAUAAGAUUUCUGCCCAGGAAAGUAGGAGAAAGAAGAAAGAGUACAUGGACAGUUUGGAGAAAAAGGUGGAGUCUUGUUCAACGGAGAACUUGGAGCUUCGGAAGAAGGUGGAGGUCCUGGAGAACACCAAUAGGACUCUCCUCCAGCAACUCCAGAAGCUGCAGACUUUGGUGAUGGGCAAGGUUUCUCGCACCUGCAAGUUGGCCGGCACGCAGACUGGCACCUGCCUCAUGGUCGUUGUGCUAUGCUUUGCUGUGGCAUUCGGCAGCUUCUUUCAGGGCUAUGGGCCCUAUCCUUCGGCCACCAAGAUGGCUCUGCCCAGCCAGCAUUCCAUGCCGGAGCCGUACGCAGCCUCCGUCGUGAAAUCCAGGAACCUGCUGAUCUACGAGGAACACUCUCCGCUGGAGGAGCCGUCCAGCCCGGCCUCGGCAGGGGAGCUCGGGCGCUGGGACAGGAGCCCCUCCCUGCUCCGGGCAUCGGGGCUGGAGUCCAUGCCGGACGUGGAUCUUCCCCGCUUCAUUAUCUCGAACGAGACCAGCCUGGAGAAGUCAGUGCUGCUGGAGCUGCAGCAGCACCUGGUCAGCGCCAAACUGGAGGGGAACGAAACACUCAAAGUUGUAGAACUCGACAGAAGAGUGAACGCCACCUUCUGAGAGGCAGUCUCCGCCUCCCUCUUCCUCUCCGCUCUGCUUUUACGUCCCCAAACCACCUUUGUCAUAAGCUUCCCCUUUUCCCCACUGAUGUGGAUGAAGAUCUGGGUGAGCUGUCAUGGCUUUGGAUGGGAGGACAGCCUGGGAUCGCCACCUGCGGUGAGAGUGCCUUCCCUUCCUGUCCCAGGUCCCUUCCUGCAGACGGAGCCUGGCAUCUCUCCCUCGGUUCCGCUUGCUGCCGUAGGAAAUUACGCUAGGGCCGGGGUGGGACAAGCGGGCUUGUUUCUACCGAUAGUGCCGAAGAGAUGCUGCCUGGUUCUCGCCUGCGGGUGUGAACCCCUCUCUGAAGAAAGGAUGACUCAUUCAUUGGAGACCCCAGACUCCAGCCGUGAAAACACCAGGAUGCCUGUUGGGAUCUGGCAAAGCACUGACUGAUAUCCCGCCUCACUCAGCCUGGGUCUCCUGUGUGUCCGCCCCCUCCCCACCCCCACCAGCCCUGGAAGUGCCAGGCUGGCCCGUGAGCACCCCCUGCCACUCUGCUCUGUCCAAGCCCUCAAGCCCUUGCCUGCCGUCCUCUGGCUCUGGAGCAAGGGCGCCCCCUUCACCUUCUCAGGCCGCAAGUGCAAUGCCUGACGGAAUCAGGCUCUUCUACCCCAGGCAAACCUGCCCCGUCUGUUGCUUGUAGGACUUCUCCAUAACCUGUGUUCCCACACGCCCAUAGAUCCGCCUCCCUGGCUUCUCCUCCCCGUUUGUAAAUAGUAUUUAUUAGCUUGCCGAGGCUUCCUGCUCGCAACCACACUGAAGAGAUCAGAUGCCUCCCUCCAAGCGCGCCAAGCCUUCCGCUGGGCUUUGGCGCUAGGAGGGCCGCUCAGGCCCGGGGACCCCCAGUCCUCCAGGACACGAUUCCUUCUCUCCUUUUUACCGGAGGCCUCUCGCUGUAGUUAGGACGUCCCUGCGAGCAGCUGCCCUCCUGUAGAAUGAGCUGAGAGGAAAAGAUGGCUCAGGCCUGUGAUCUGUGGCCAGAUGCUUGGUCCGUCCUGUGUCCACCACAGAGAAGGGAGGCCCCGUCCCUGACAACAGCUGUUCCGGACAACCUUGCCGUGCCAGCUCGUCUCCCCACACCCGCUCCCGGCCCCUCCCCUGCUGCCCCCUGCACCUGCUGUACCCUCCUCUUCUGCCUCAGCAGGAGGUGGGCCUGAGGUCAGUUCCUGGGGUCGGAGUAGGUGACAUUUGUGUGUCCACAGUCUUACCUUUUAUAGUCAGGUUUGGCUACUUUGCAGCUCACCCAAAGAGACAUAACCUAACCCCCCAACCUACUUUUUUUUUUAAGGAUUAAAGUAACUUUUGUAGUUAAAGGAAAAAAUCUUUCCUCUUUCAUACAGCUAAAAAUGGAAAUUGCCUUUUUAUUGUACAAUGUAGAAAGUUUUCCUUAAGUGUUUUCCCUAGCUUGUGAAAGAUUUUGUGUAGAAGCAUUUUGUACUUUAUUUUUAGUAGAAGCUAAAGGGCCUCUAGCUUUAACUCCUCUCUCUCUCUGUCUCUCUCUGUCUGUCUCUCUCUCUCUCUGUCUCAUCUACAUUGUUAUUGGAACCUGUACUUAAGAGGGAUUAAGCCCACGGCUGGGCCUUCCAUCCUCUGUCAGAUACAGGAUUGGGGAUCAUUAACAUUUGCCAUCAUACCUCGUAAGCAUAUCUGUUUGUCCGCCGGCCCAGGGAAAGCUGGGGCUCCCUGUCAGUGACCCCUGUGUCUCCCCACUGUGAUGGAGGGUGUCCCAGCCUGGGGAGCGGCCCGCGCAUCUUCUCAGCAGGAUGUGACAGCAGAGUGGGGACCGGGGGUCCUGGCCGCCCCGGGGGUCCUCUGCACGGUUCUCACUGUCUCUGCCAUUGGCCGGGAGGGGCUGAGCCUGUCUGGGCUGCGUGGGUACAGGCGCUGCUGGCCUGCCUCCCGCGCCGGCUUCUCUUCACUCCCUUCUCCUCUUCUGCUCUGGGUCCUCCUGGGCCUGGCUGGUGUCUGGUAACCAUGGGCCACUGCCGACCCAUCCCUCUCGGUAAAAUGUCAUGCAACUGUCAGGCGUAGGCAACUUGUGAGGGCACAAGCAGGGAAAAGAGAUAGAAUUAGCUCGUGCAGUAUUUGGACGGUAGGAAAGGAAAGGUUUCCUAGUUAAGGGCGGAGGUGGGAGAAUGGGUUCACCUACCCCUCUGCCGCCCUGGAACCAGAUCAGGGUUUUAAGGCUCGUCAAUUGGCCAGAGUGGAAAACCCGCCCUCCUGAAAGGGGAGGGAGAAGGAGGGGGCCGGCCGUGACCUUAGUGCCUCGAGGAUUUCAUUUUCUCCCCCAUCUUCCCUUUUUUGACUUCACUCUCUCCAAUGUAUAGUUCAUGUAUCAGAGAGAUGUACACUCAACACCUAUAUGAUCCUUCUAACCAGUGGCACCGCAAUAAAUUCAAUAAAAAAAUAAAUACAUGGCUACACGCUCUCUCCAGACCUCCAUGCACCCGGGCCUCCUCUCUGGGAAACCAUUUUUCUGAACGGAAUCUGUAUCUAUAGACACGAGACAGACUGAGAGCUCAAAUGGCCAUUUUAAGGGGGUUCCAAGAACCAAUAUUGCCACUGUGUUGAGAAAAACUUGGGCCCUCCCCUCCCUGCUUUGGUGAGUAAAGGAAACUAAACAGUUAUUCCUUCAGGAAUGUGCCAUGGGGACAAGAGACAUAGAAGAGUUGGAUAACAGUAGGUGGGUCCCAAACAGUUAGUGGAUGUGUGCAUGUUUUCUGUCCCAGGGAUAAGCCCAGAAUAUCAAUGGAUUUAUUUCCCUCACAGAGUAGCCCCGGUGAGCCCUGAUGAUUUCAAACAGGCGUAGGCCUUGUCUUCCAAAUUUUAGUUUUGGAAAACACGAGACCGUUAGUGCAACCACAAACAAUAGACGAUAAAUAUGUUGGUUCUACAUACGCUGAUUAUAUAUUACAUCAUGCAAACAGGUUUUCCUCUUCCCUGUCUUUGAUUAGCCCCUUUGAAGGAGACUCUUACAAAAAUUCAGGGAACAGGUACUUUUUCACUGGAUGAGACCUGAGUAACCCAGACCCCCUGGGGCGGUUCUUUUCACAGCUCUCGACUUUGCACUUAGAAAUAGAUAUGGAGAAUCGAAGGCCUCAGUUCCCGCUUUGGGAAAGGUUCCUGUGAAGUGUUAGGACUCUGGAGCCUAGCUCACAUAAAGAGAGUGUUACAUAAAAAUCCGACAGCUGAACCAGGGAGCCCCUUUAGGGCAGGAGGUGGGUGUGAGGUCUGACACCAGCGUGGGCGAAAUGAGAUGACCUUUUCGUUUAUAUCAACGAUUUUGAUUUGGAGACCUAAUUUGUCAAUCGUGAAAGCAGCUUUUAGCUCAACGUAUUUACAAACCAACUAUAAAUACCAUGUUUUUUGAAUUCCUAAAUCUCUCGGUUUAGCCCGAAUGCCAAAAGAGGGCUAUGACUCUCAUGUGCCCGUAGAAUGGGAGCGUUGAGCUGAUUCGUCUUUAUUCAGGCAGUGAGUCAGUGUCCAGAAUUUUGUCACCAGUGUUUUAUUUAAAUUCUCAGCCCUUCAUGGCUCCUUCCUGCCACAUCACCAAACCAAGCAAAACCACAAAAACAAAAUCCAAGGCCUGUCGGGCCAGCUCCUCUCAACACGCCUGUCAUCUGUCAUGGGAGAGGGGGAGUUUAGCGCUUGCACAAAUGGAGACGCCCCACAGAGGAGCGGGGCCGCCUGUGCUGGCCCUGCUCACAUCGCAGCCUGGAGAUGGCCUCCUCUUGUCUGCCAUGGCGCACUCGCUUGGUUCUGUCGAGCCCUGUCUUUGAGAACCUUUGUUAAAGACACCCGUGUGCCUACCUGCCGUGCUGCCCUGUGAGGCGCUUAGCAGGUAGUGCCCCAGGGAGAGUCAUUUUAUUUGGAGGCUUUUCAGCUGCAACAAUUAGGAAGCAUGUGGCAGGGCUGUUACAGGACAGAGCAGGGGCUGUGAAGGACCUAGAGACAGAUUUCAGGUCUUUCACUCAUUGAUUCAUUCCCUUCCUCCUGAGGAACAGCAGUGCCCAAGGCCGUGGGGAAGAAGAGGGGUCAGGAAAUGUCAUUAAGCAAUAGCUAUUCAAACACGCAAAUGCUAGGAUUCCCUCUCUCUCUGUCUCCCCCAUUCCCCCGUUUGUCUUAGACACUCGUUUGUGCCUUACAGGUGCCUUAUGUAUGAGUCCAGGAUGACUGAGGACUUUUGUCCCUGGGAAAUAUUAUAUAUAGCCUUGUAGUAUUAGAUUGAAGUGGUUGUGGGAGAAAUAAUCUUUCUAAAGGCUCAAAAAUGGUUUUCUAAAAGUGAACAAUGAUCUGAUUUGUACAUCAGGAGAAAACAAUCAGGGCUUUGUCCAUUAAGAAAAUCCCAUUUCGUUGAGGUGUAAUCACAUCAAAAAUGACCAGUCGGGAUUAAGGGUAUUAUAACUCCAUAUAGCAGAACAUUUUCUCGGUGCAAAGGAGCUGGGCCCAUUUGGGGAUUAACGUUUGAUACCUCCAUGGCAAAAGAGUCAGCACUUAGCCCAGGAAAAAACCCAUGUGUUGUUUCCUUUAGUCAUCUGAGGCGACUUAAAUUUCAGGAGUGCUUUAUUUUCUCUUGGUUUUGAGAAGGAAGGGAAAAAAAAAUUAUUUCUUGAGCUCUAAUUAAGUGCUGGGUGCUCCGCUAAGUAAGUUUUAAGUCUUUUCAUUUUAUAGACAGAGAAAACAAGGGCAACUCGUUACUCUGAGCUGGAUAAACAGCUAAGUGGUUUUGUAAAUUCAACAGUCUGCGGAUUAGGUUGAGCGGGUUCCUUGGUGAAAACACUGUAAACAUUUAAGUUCUAUGAGCAGCAAACACAGUGCUUGCUCCCUGCGCCGGCCCUGCUGUGCGAGGUCCAUGGUUUGCCUCCUGCUGACGAUGUCCUCCAGGUAGACAUUCAUCUCUUGUCUUUUUCAUCCAGCCUCCUGCGAGUUCCGGCUCGCGGGCUUUGCAUCCUGGAAAGGGAAAAAAAUGGGGGUCUUAGCCGUGUAUCUCUGCUCUUACGCUUUGCUCACCAGCUGGGCAAAAACAGGAACUUCUGGCACCUUGGACCCCAAACCUAUACUGCUUAGUGAAUGUCUUUCGAAUGAGACGCUUUGUGAGUCUAUAGAAAACACCAGCGCUCUUGGACACCCUGUGGGGGGUCCUUUUUAAACAGUGCUGAGCAGACCCUGAGCUAUAACCAACUCCGAGCGUUAAUAUUUAUGCUGACAAGCUGGGCUUUCCUCUCGUUUGUAACAGGUUACAUAGACCAGCAGUGUGUAAGUCUAAGACAUUGCGGGUCUAUUAUGUGUUUUAUCACGCUGUUUUUUUAAAAUGACUUUUUAUCCUUUAUCUUAGCCAAGUAAAUACCAAAAAAGAAAUAAUAAAAUGAAUGCUUUGUAACUUGUACUUAGUUUGAGGAAAAAAUGAAUUGAAAUUGUUAUGCUUUUGUAUUCCAUUUCAUGCAAAUAAAAAUAUUUUUUUCUUAAA